UAGAGCGGAAUAAAAUGUGAUGAGCAUUAAAUUAAGUUAUGGGAUAGAGUAGUGGAGGCGAGACUAACUAACUAACAAAAGUUAGUAUCUGUGAGCAACAGUAUGGUUUCAUGCCUAGAAAGAGUACCACAGAUGCAUUAUUUGCCAUGAGGAUGCUUGUGGAAAAGUACAGAGAAGGUCAGAAGGAGCUACAUUGUGUCUUUGUAGACCUAGAGAAAGCCUACGACAGAGAACCACGAGAGGAACUGUGGUACAACAUGCCUAAGUCUGGUGUGGCGGAGAAAUAUGUUAGAAUAGUACACGACAUGGGGGCACGGUGGCUCAGCUGGAAAGCGUUGGGCUCACAGUUGUGAAGACCCGGAUACACUCCCAGCCUUCUCUGUGUGGAGUUUGCAUGUUCUCCUCGUGCCUGUGUGGGGUUUCUCUGGGCACUCUGAUUUCCUCCCAUAUCCCAAAAACAUGUAAUCAUUGGAGACUGAAUUGGUCUGAGGUGUGAUUGUGAGUGCGACUUAACCGUCUCUAUCCACCCUGCAGUUGGCUGCCAACUAGUUCAGAAUGUACCCUGACUUCUGCCCGUUGAUAGUUAGAAUAGGGUCCAGAACUCCCACAUGCCUCAUGAGGAUAAGCAGCUCAGAAAAUGGACGGAUGGAUAGUCUAAUUUGACAGUUCAUCAAACAGUUGCAUUCCUUCAUCAGUUUGUCCCUGGGUCGCAAACCUCAACCUGUAAAAUGUAAAGGUAUAAUUCACUUGAAUUUCAGUAUUUAUUCUUUUAAACAACUUACACUUAUGAUGCUCAUGAACAACACUUUUGUGAUUACAACUCUUUGUGGUCAAACUUUGUUAAUGUUGCUGAUGUGAUGAAGCACUUAUGUCUCUGGUAUGUCUUGUGUUUUUCCAGCAGGACUCUUUUUUGCCAAACCAAUGAGGUCCAAACGCUACGUGACAAUGUUGGACCCGUUUCAGCAACGCUACGGCCAAUUAUUCACAACAGCAAUUUUAGUUCCUGCUCUGAUCAGUGAUAUUUUGUGUGCGGCCUGCAUCCUUGCUGCGCUAGGGGGAAUGAUGAGCAUUGUCCUUGAUGUAUCAUCGACGAUCUCCAUCAUAAUCUCUGCAGCUGUCUCUAUCAUCUAUACUUUAUUUGGUGGCCUCUACGCGGUUGCAUACACCGAUAUCAUCCAACUGUCGUUCAUAGUUAUUUGUCUGUGGGUUUGCGUUCCAUUUAUGUUUCUCAGUCCCGCGGUGACUGACGCCCCACAAACACCUCAUUUCAACCAGUCAAGCUUCCCCUCGUGGAUAGGAGAGGUGAAGCUGGAGGAUGCGGGAAAGUGGACGGACGACUUUUUGGUGUUGUCUGUUGGAGGACUGGCGUUUCAAGCUCUAUUCCAGAGGAUUCUUGCAGCGUCCUCUUCGACUCGGGCUCAGGUCACCUGUUUUGCUGCUGGUGGAUUGACUUUUUUUUUGGGAAUCCCUUCAAUGAUAAUUGGAGCUUUGGCUACUUCUGCAGACUGGAACCAGACAGACUAUGGUCUACCCCCACCUUAUGAGCGCGGGGAGGCAGGGAAUGUCCUCCCACUGGCUUUGUCCUACAUCACACCCUCCUGGAUGUCAGUGUUGGGUAUUGGUGCUGUCGCAGCAGCAGUCAUGUCCUCCAUGGACUCUGUCAUGCUGUCGUCAGCAUCCAUGUUCACACAAAACAUAUACAAGACAAUGUUGAGAAAGCAGGCAUCAGAGAGGGAGCUGCAGUGGGUGAUCAGGAUUAGUGUGCUUCUGGUGGGCCUGGCUGGAACCGGUCUGGCCUUUAACAAGACCAGCAUCGUUGAGCUCUGGCUGCUCACGACCGACUUACUUUAUUGCCUUGUCGCCCCGCAGCUGGUCUGUGUGGUGCACCUCCGCUCCACCAAUUGCUACGGUGCCAUCAGCGGCUACGUGAUUGCUCUGCUGCUGCGUGCGCUGAGCGGCGAACCAGCACUCGGCCUUCCCUCUGUGCUCCUCUACCCGGGAUGGAGGCAGGAGGAUGGCGUCAUCAGACAGUACUUUCCCUUUAAGACUCUGAUUGUGCUCAUUUCUUUUGCAGCUAUCAAUCUCGUGUCGUGGCUGUUCCAGCUCGCUUUCACUCGCCAUCUCAUUCCUCAGUCCUGGGAUGUGAUGAAUUCAUUCAAAAAGAAGAUAGAGGCAGAAGUAGAGGAAGAGAGACCAAUUUCCAAUGAGAACAAGGACUUUGUCUUAAGUACAGCUUUAUAGGCUCAUCGUAUCUGCCAAACCUGAUUUUAGGCAUAAUUAUGGGCGCAUUCCUCCAUACGUUUUCUCAAAAUGGUCCAUGGGCCUUAGGUUGGACACACCUGGUUUAAUCCAUGGCUAUACUGUCAAUAACUCCAGAACAAUUGUCCAAAUUUGUUUGAAUUUCUGUAUUUUUAGAAUUGGACACUUAUUGCGGUAUAUUAUGGAAUAGGGUAAAAAUCUUUCUGCAAACUGUUACGAUACUCCUCUGUAAAGUCAGUGUCAUCAAAUCUUAAAAGUGAAU